AAGAGUUUCGAUCGUUUCGAUCGCCAGAAAUUUGAAUAAAAGCUCGCCAAGAUCAGACGGGCAGGUGGUGCAUACCAAUGAGCUCUGGAUGUGGGAGCAUCAUCCAGCAUAAAUAGAUGCCUUCUUUACUGGAUCCGCUCAGUCACAAUGGUUCUGCUCAAGAGUCGCCUGCUUAUCCUGGUCAUCGGCGUUUUCCUGUGUGGCGCACAGGCCACUCUGACCAUCCAGAAAGCCAAGCCCGCGCUUCCGGAUCCCAGUCAACUUCUGGCCAAGCUGCCACCAAAGCCCGCCUUUCUUUCGGAUCCUAGUCAACUGCUGGCCAAGAUUUCCAAGCCCAAACCCGUAUUGGAUCCCAGUCAACUGCUCGCCAAGUUGCCCCCCAAACCAGCUUUCCUGAAGGAUCCGAGUCAGCUACUUUCAGCCCUGCCCUCCAAAUUCGUUAAGCCAAAGCCAGUGUUCGUGAAACCCGUGAUUGUAAAGCCCGUGGUGGUGGUGAAGCCCGUGGUUGUCGGCGGAGGAAGCGGCGGAGGUGGCCACGGACAUGGACAUGGACAUCACGGAAAAAAUAAACUUAAGUUUUAGAUAACUAUUCCUGCGAACAUGAUUACAAUAAGUAAAAUAUAAUUAAAUAGGAAAAAAAAAAAAACAGAAAGUCAA